AUUUUCUGGUGCAUGUAAUGUUUCCCUAUGGAUAAGCAUAUUUUUUUCGAUGGGCGCCUGCUAGUGAUGAUGAAAAGACUGUUACGCUGCAGCCAGAUGCGUCAAUUAACAUUGUACACGGUGCCGCGCUAGAUAAGAUUAGGCUGCGGUGAGGCUAAAUCUCAAUAUCAGGCAUUUAAUCAUCAACUUACUGGAUUGGAUCUCGUUCGCAUCGCACAUAUAGCAAAGACCGCUUCAGAUAAGUAUAAAGCUAAGGCCAUAUUUGACUUCGUUGUUGUUGGUAACCAUGCAACUUUUUAUGUUGUGCAUUGUGCUAAGGGUGAUAUGUAUACUAUGUACGAAGACAAACAUAACCAGUUGGCCGUGAAGCUUGCUGAUAUUCCUCUGUUCAUUGCUCAAUCGAGCAAGGUCGCCAAAAUCAUAUCAAGCUUUGAGCAUGUUAUCAAUUGCGGCACUCAUAGUUACAACCAUCUAACCGAUCACAUGUUAUUGGAAGCGAUCCAUUCCAGAACACCACGCAAAAGAAAAUACAUUUCUUCUCAUUAUAAUCAUUAAAAACGG